GAGUUGCGGUAGGGAGCGCCUUCCUCCUCUUCCUCUUCCUCUUCCUCCCCCCUCCCUCCUCCCCCUGCUGUUCCAGGCUCUGGAGAGCAAAGGGGCAGAGCCCGGCGCAGAGUGGGGGGGUGGAGGGUGUGGCUCCCGCACCCUCAGGUACAAUGGGGUCCUCCGGGAGUAGCUUCCCGGGAAAUCUCUGACAUCUCUGUAUCCCGUUCUGAAAUCUCUGACUCCCUGUAUCCCGUUCUGAAAUCUCUGACAUUCCCGUAUCCGGUUGGGAAAUCUCUGACGUUCCCGUAUCCGGUUGGGAAAUCUCUGACAUUCCCGUAUCCCGUUCAUCUCUGACGUUCCCGUGUCCCGUUCUGAAAUCUCUGACAUUCCCGUAUCCCGUUCUGAAAUCUCUGACGUUCCCGUAUCCCGUUCAUCUCUGACAUUCCCGUGUCCCGUUCUGAAACCUCUGACGUUCCCGUAUCCCGUUCAUCUCUGACAUUCCCGUAUCCCGUUCUGAAAUCUCUGACAUUCCCGUAUCCCGUUCAUCUCUGACAUUCCCGUAUCCCGUUCUGAAAUCUCUGACGUUCCCGUAUCCCGUUCAUCUCUGACAUUCCCGUAUCCCGUUCUGAAAUCUCUGACGUUCCCGUAUCCCGUUCAUCUCUGACAUUCCCGUAUCCCGUUCUGAAACCUCUGACAUUCCCGUAUCCCGUUCAUCUCUGACAUUCCCGUAUCCCGUUCUGAAAUCUCUGACGUUCCCAUAUCCCGUUCUCCUCCCUCCCCGUGGAGUCCAAGGGAAGAACCCGGCAUGGUUGAGAACUCUCCGGCCCCGCUGCCCGAAAGGGCGAUCUAUGGAUUUGCGCUUUUUCUGGGCUCGUGGUUUGGCUUCAUUUUGUACCUUAUCUGGGCUUAUAUUCCUGAGACUUGGCUGUUCUCUCUGGGACUGACAUACUGGCCUCAAAAAUACUGGGCAGUUGCUCUGCCAGUUUAUCUCCUGGUGGCUGUGGGAAUUGGCUACAUUUUGCUUUUUGGGAUUAACAUGAUGAGCACAGCUCCACUCAACUCCACUCACACCAUCACAGAUAACUUUGCAAAAAAGCAGCAGCAGAAGAAAUUCCAAGAGGAGGCAAUUCCAGCACUGAGGGAUAUUCCCAUCAGUGAAGUCAACAGGAUGUUUUUCCUCCCUGAAAAAGUGAUCUGCAAUAGCAGAUAGUUGUUAUUAAAAUCUGUUUGAACAAAGGAUUACUAAAACUUACAGAGGGACACUUAAAACCUCACCAAACUAAAAAUAAAAACUCUUUCAGCUUCUUUUUCCCCUGAAUUUCUAAUUAAAUUUAUUACUAUUAUUAUUAUUAUUAUUAUUAUUCGCCUUAAUAACCUGCAUUUGCUCUAAAAAUUAUGCCCUCAAAAUUUAUCUGGUUAUUCAUCAUUUAAAAAAAUAAAUAAAUAAAUAAAAAGUGUGUUUAAAAGUGUUCUGUUACUUGCAGCUUUCUGCUUGGAAUUCCCCUCUGAGAGGGUAAAAAAGCAACUUUUAAACAGAGUUUAAUUCUGUUUCUCUUUAAAUUCAGGGAGAGAAAAUGUGUUGUGCCAGUCAAACGCUUGAGGACCUUUUUUAAUUAUUAACUGGAAGUGUUUGCAUUGUAAAUAUAUUAUUUGCCUUUGUAAAUAUAAAUAAAACGUGGCUGAUUUUUCUGUGCUCA